AUGUCUUUCCGUCUCAUCUCCCGGUCAAUUCUUCGCCCAGUGGUACCCCGCCAUGCUGCUCGAUCAUGCCCCAGAGCUUUCCAAGCUUCAAGAAGUUAUUCCACCAAUGCAUCGAGGUCUCAAACCGCAACCACUGCCGCCAUAAUUGGUAUUGCAGUCGCAUUGGGCGCCGGCGCCGUCCUCUACUACAAAAAAACCAACCCAUACCUCUGCGAAGCACCCCACACCAGCAGCACAUCCUCCUCUACCAUCCCCAUCGACCAGCGGGAUGCGCUACAGAAGCGCGAGUCCGGCGUCACCGAGUCGUCCCCCAUGCGCCUGAAGAUGGAAGCCUUCAUCAAAGAGAAGCAGAAGGAGAUCGUCGCCGCGCUCGAGGAGGUCGACGGCAAAAAGUUCACCACCGACACCUGGGAGCGCAAGUCCUCCGGCGGCGGCGGCAUCUCGUGCGUCCUGCAGGGCGGAAACGUCUUCGAGAAGGCCGGCGUCAACAUCUCGGUCGUGUACGGGAAGCUACCGCGGUCGGCGGUGCUGAAGAUGAGGGCCGACCACAAGAACCUCGAUCCCACAGUUGAGAGCCUGGACUUCUUUGCCGCAGGGCUGAGCAUGGUGCUGCACCCGUCGAAUCCGAUGGCGCCCACGGUGCACCUCAACUACAGGUAUUUUGAGACCAUGAACGACGACGGGAGCACGCAGUCGUGGUGGUUCGGUGGCGGCACCGAUCUGACGCCGAGUUAUCUGUUUGAUGAGGACGCCAUCCAUUUCCACAAGACCAUCAAGGAGGCCUGCGACGGCCACGACAAGCGCUACUACCCUGCAUUCAAGAAGUGGUGCGAUGACUACUUCUACGUGAAGCACCGCGGCGAGUCUAGAGGCAUUGGCGGCAUCUUCUUUGACGAUCUGGACGACAAGGAUCCAGAGAACUUGUUUUCAUUUGUCCGGGAUUGCCUGGACGCAUUCCUCCCCAGCUACCUGCCAAUCAUCGAGAAGCGAAAGAACAUGCCGUUCACGCCCGAGGAGAAGGAAUGGCAGCAGAUUCGCCGUGGGCGAUAUGUCGAGUUCAACCUGGUCCAUGACAGAGGCACCGCCUUUGGGCUCAAUACCCCUGGCGCACGUGUGGAAUCAAUCCUCAUGUCACUUCCACUGACUGCUAGGUGGCAAUACAUGCACGCACCAGCACCAGGCUCCAAGGAGGAUCGUCUCCUGAAUAUACUCAAGAAGCCCGUGGAGUGGGUUUAA